AUGACAGCGGGCAGCAGCGGGCGGGGCGGGAGGCUCGGGCAGCGCAUCGACGAGCUGGCGCAGAGCCGUCUUCGCGAGCGAAGCGCCUCAGGCGUGAAAGGCGGUCGGCUCCUAUCUUCGAUUCUCACAGAGACCUUCGAGGACAGUGAUCGCACCCAGGCAGAGCCGGUCACCCCAGAGGCACCUGGCAAAGAGAAGGCCUCAAGCCGUCGGGCGGCGACGGCGGCACAGCGCAUCUCGGGCGGAGUUCUAGCGGCAGCACAGCGCGCCGCCAAGUCGCUUCUAGAGGAGGCGAGGACGCCUGAACCAGCCGAGGAGGACGUCGGGAUGCGACGAGACAGCUCCCGCCGCAGCACGCGCCAUCAGCGUGACAUCCAAGAGGCCGCAAGUAGGCUCCUGCGCCGAGACGACGAAGUUGGAGCAUCGCGUCGAUCGUCCAGAAGAUGA